AAUGCGAACGUGGCGGGAUUCAUCGACCGCGUCCAGUGCUACUUGCUGGAGAAGAAUGGUGGAUCCGGCACGUCGGGAGACUACAAAACCCCGUACGCCGGCGACGCGACGACGCAGACGGCGAACGCGGCGUCGUACCCUCUGAGCUUCGUCGGAGGGCUUUGCAACGGUACCGCUCUGAUAGAAAACGACCCGCAUCUCACGGGCGCCCGCGGCACGCACUACGAUUUCACGGGGCGGCUCGACAAGUCUUUCUGCCUCCUCUCCGACCGUCAGUUUCACGUGAAUAUGCUUCUUAACGGGUACCAGGGCACUCCGCCCGCACUUCCCGCGUCGGCAUCGUCAAUUGACGGCAAAGAUUCGAGCACGGAGCUGCACACGUGGAUUAAGGAGCUCGGCGUCGUUUGGAUGACGGCCGACGGCGCGAACCACACGCUGCGCAUGGUGGCGCGCAAGGGCAAGCAGCAGGAGCGUGGGUACGGCUUUGUUUCGCGGAUUGAGAUCGACGGAAAAGUGACUUCGCUGCCGAGCGUUGGCGAAACGAUUGCGACGGAAAGCGGACUGAUGGUUACCAAAGUCGCGGAGGAGAAGGAGGGACCGUUCGAUGUGGAUCAGUUUCAGGUGCGCGUGGUGGGGCUGGGGGAACUCGACGUGCGCGUGCGCGUGGCGCAUCCGCUGCUGCAGACUCCGACCGAGGCUGAGGCGCACAUUAACGUCGAGCUGUCCGACGUCCAGAUGACGUCAGCCGUGCACGGCGUGCUCGGGCAGACGUUUAGGAACACGCCGGAGCAGCUGCAGCGCGCGAUUAAGUACUCGCACUUGGCGGCGUUGCUGGGCCACCCCGUCGACGUGGAUAAGCCAGAGGGCAAGGGUUUCCUGGACGGGGAAGUGGAGGACUAUAUCUCCUCGUCGAUCGUCGCGCCGGACUGCAAGUACGCGAGCUACGGCACUGCUGUCUAAGACGGCGAUAUCGUCGCUCGGGAAUGUCUCCUGCUGUGGUGGGGAACGAGUGAUGGGAGACUUGGACUGGUGGAACUGGCUGCUAGGAAUUCCUGGUGGGAAAUCUGAGAGGUGGGAGCAAUGGGAGCAAUGGGAGCAAUGGGAGCGAUGUCAUAUUUUGUCGUGUGCUCGGCAGUCUAGGUAGUGUCGUGAGUGUCGUGAGAGAGUGUCGUGACUCGUGAGUGUUGGGGGAAGGGAAAUGAGGGGAGUUGGAGGGAGUGUGAAAUUGGGCCGUGCUCUAGUCCGUGCGCCCAGCCAUGUGCAGCUGCCUUUUGAGGCAAAUAAGGGAGCUCUGACUGCGGUAGCUUUUAAUUCUCAUGAAUUCCAGUUAUGAUU